GUUGGUAGUAAUGGUAAUGAUGGUAAUGGCGAUUCCAACAGUUGUUGGAAUUGUGUUGGUAGUAGUGAUAGUGAUGGUAAUGGCGAUUGCGACAGUUGUGUUUAUAUUGAUUAUGUUGGUAGUAGUGGUAAUGGUGGUGGUAGGUUGCCAUCGUGGAAGAGAUCAGCAGGCGAUUCAUGUAUAUCAGUGUAGUGAUCGUCAGUGUGUCGUCCAAAAAUAGAUAAAUGGACGACGAGCGUGCCGUUGUCCUCUUAGUAAUGGAGGUUCUUAAAACUACACAAGAAAUUGUUCAUGAAGGAUGGCUCAUCAAAUCGCCACCUACUAAACUAUGGAGAGCUCGAUGGAGAAAACGUUGGUUCGCAUUAAGACACAGCGGUGAAUUACCUGGACAAUACUUUUUAGAAUAUUAUACGGACAGACGUUGUAGAAAAUUAAAAGGUCGUAUAGAUCUUGAUCAAUGCGAACAGGUUGAUGCUGGUCUUAGGUUUGAAAAUUGUAAACAGAAAUAUCAAUUUACGUUCAAUGUUAAAACACCAAAGAGAACUUAUUAUUUGGUAGCUGAAAGUGAAGCCGAUAUGAACAAAUGGGUAGCUGCUGUUUGUCAAGUUUGCGGUUUGAAGGCUUACACUCAAGAUGAGGAACAACAAUGUCAAAUGUUUCAAUAUGAAUCCCAAGAAUCACCACCGAUCUCACCAACAAGUACAAUAUCUGGGCCUUAUAUUCCUAUUAGCGAAUGUAUAUCUGGUCGUCGUCUUAACGAUACCAGUUCUCUUAGUUCAGGGAUGGGACAAGGACCAGAACAUUAUGAUGCUCCAAGAAGAUUAGCACCAUCACCACCAAGAUCACCUACGACUACUGACGCAGAAAGUGUCUUUACGGAUGAUGAAUGGACAGCUCCUGUACCAAGUGUCAAUUGGGAUACAUUUCCAGCCGACUCCAGAGGUCAGAAUUCUGUUGACGCUGAGAUAGGCUCAUGGAGCGUUAGAAAGAGAUUUGGAAAGUUAAGAAUAGUGGAUUCAACUGUACCACCUGCCGUAGAAAAAUUACCAGCACCACCAAGACCACCUAAACCGCCGCACAUGUUACCUGAAAAUCCUGGACAUAAUUAUUUAAAUUUGGAUGGUGCUACUGAAAGUUCAAAGCCAACAACACCUGCUACACCAGCGCCAAAUACUAUUGCAAUUGGUUCGGUAACGGAUGAAUCAUAUGAUUUUCCUAGAUCCCAUCAAUCUGGACAGACAACGGAGAAACAUGUUUAUUCUAAUGCCGCACCAAGUACAAUAGAAGAGACACGUGUUUUCCGAUAUGAUUUUCAUGAGGAUGAACCACCAAGUCCAAGAUCGGAAAGUUCAGUGACAGCAACUUAUUCGAAUUUACCAAGUCCAUUGAUAAGAGAUAAUAGUACAGUUGUUUCAAUAUCAUCAUCAUCAACGAUUGCUGUUCCACCACCGCCUGUUGUUUACAGAGAAUUAAAACCAGGUAGAAAAACAAGCGAUUCUACGUCAAUUAUUAGCAACGAGGCAUCACCUGGUACUAAUUUAUCAACGUUAGAAAUGAGCUCUAGCGAACAUUCACCUGCUGAACCGCCAAGUAUUAAUAGAAAACUUAAACCACCAUUGAACAAAUCACCUAUAGAAGGACCAUUACAACUUGCUUCACCACCUGGAAGAGGUAGAAUGCGAGCAGCACCUAGUCCUACUCCUCCAAUGCAUACGCAUUCCGUUAGACAUCAGUCGACGUCGGAUGAGGAUAAUAAUGCUUUCGAUGAUAAAGAGGAGAUAUAUUAUUAUCAGGAUCACAAUAAUACGUUUAUACCUGCGUCAAAUCGACGUUUAGUCGUUUUGCAAUAUCUAGAUCUUGAUUUAGAGGCAACGGAAAGUUUUGCCUCGUCGACGUUACCACCUGCCCAAUCACCACCAAAUACUACGGUCUACAAAACUGUUGAUUUUUUAAAAACCGAGGCUUUCAAUCGUACACGACAACGCGUUGAAGAGGAAAGGAAACAAUGUACCGAUGAGUUAACAUAGCUUAUAUUUUUAUAUCCUCCCCCUUUUUUUUUUUAUUUUUUUUUAUUUUUUUUUUUUCUCUGAUGUCAUCGAAAAGAUCAAUCCAAAUUUUUAGUUAAGUUAAUUAAGUCUCUAGAGAAUUAUUAACUUUUUUUUUUUAUACGCACAUCUAUAUAUAUAUAUAUAUAUAUAUAUGUGUGUGUAUAUAUAUAUAUAUUACAUUGACUAAAAAGAAAGAGAGAGAGUGAGAUAGAGUGAGAGAGGGGGAGAGAGAGAGAGAGAGAGAGAGAGAGAGAAUAAUAUCACAUCUUGUAUAUUAAUUAUUGUAUAAUGAUUUUACGUGGUUCUUGGUAUGAUUUCUUUUUUUAUUAUUAUUUUUCUUUUUCUCCAAGAAAAAACAAAACAAAACAAAACAAAAAAAAACAAAACAAAAAGAAAAAAAUAUCUGAGAAAAGACUGUGCGAAACGAAUAAGCGCAGUACUUAUUACCGAAAGAGAGAGGGAAGAAAAGAAAAGAAAAAAGAAAAAAGAAAAAGAAAAAAAAGAAAAGAGAAGAAGCUUACUUUUUAUUCCGUACCAAAACGUAAUUAAUAAAUUUUGAAUCGAGUAGAUAAUGUUUGACAACUGUUAUAAAGAGUUAAGCUGCCUGACGAAAGAAAUAUAUAGCAAUAUUCAAUGGACCAAAAAAAAAAAAAAAAUGUAAUAUUAAAAAGAAAAGGAAAGAAAAGAAAAAGACAUAAAGGGAAAGAAAGAUAAAAAAAGAAAAAAAAAAAACAGAAAGAAAGAAAAAGAAAAAGAAAAAGAACGGGAAGAACUAAAGACAAGAAUCAAUGGUAUCGUUCACCUGACUGGUACCAAUUGCUUUGCAUUAAAAAUUUGUAAGAAAAAAAAAAAAAAAAAAAAAAAAAAAAAAAAAAAAAAAAAAAAAAAAUAUAUAUAUGGGGGAAAAAGGAAGGAAGGAAGGAAGGAAGGAAAGAAAAAAGAAAGAAAAAAAAAAAGAAAGAAAUAAAGAAAAAAGUUUUCAUAUUUUUUCAAUAGUAUUAUUAAGUAUAAAUGUGAAUUUAUUAGGUAAGUUUUUACAUAUAAAUGAUAUAUUACAAAUGAUAAUGGAGGAGGAAGUAAUUUUUUUUUUUUUUCUUUUUUUUUUUUUUUUUUUUUUUUUAACGAAUUCACACAACGAUUUAUUAAGUUUUAAUUAAUAAUAUUUUUAAACGUUCACAAAGCAAAUGUUACAUACAUAUAUAUAUAUAUAUUUCUAAAUUUUAUUUUAUUUUAUUUUUUUUCUUCUUUUCUCACGUAGAUGUAAUAGUGUGUUUAUCGUAUCGCAGGCAAAAAGAAAAAAAAAAAAAAAAAAAAAAAAAAAAAAAAAAAGAAAAAGAAAAAAGAGAAAA